CACGGCACUAGGAAGUGUCGCUGUCGCACUCCGUUUCCGUCAGUGAGUUUCUCAGUUUUCUCUAUCGUCUUCGUCUCUACUGUCAAAUUUUCUGCUUUGCGCUUUGCAUGUGUAUGUAUGACUGUCUACAGUGUCUAGUGGUGGUAAUUGUUCAGUUAUAAAAAGUUAGGUCCUCGAUUAAUUUUUCUAUAAAAUAAUGAUUCACUCACUUUUUGUCAUCAAUCAUUCCGGUGAUGUUUUUAUGGAAAAACAUUGGAGAAGCAUAAUCCCACGUACAGUCAUGGAUUACUUUUUUGAAGCUCAAAGACAAGUGGUAAAGGAUAACAAAGGCCAUGAAGAUGUGCCAUGUGUCAUAGCAACACCGCACCACUAUCUUAUUAGCAUAUACCGCAAUGGUUUAUAUUUUGUUGCGGUUUGUAUGUCUGAAGUUCCACCACUAUUUGUAAUCGAAUUUCUACAUACUGUUGUUGACAUUCUUGAGAAAUACUUCACUGAAUGUAAUGAAUCGAACAUCAAGGAACAUUAUGUGGUUGUGUAUGAGUUAUUGGAUGAAGUUCUUGACAAUGGAUAUCCAUUGGCCACAGAGCCAAAUAUUUUACAAGAACUUAUUAAACCUCCUAAUAUCAUUGGAAAUUUGAUUAAUACUGUUACUGGGAAAUCAAAUGUGAGUUCGGUUCUCCCAUCUGGACAGCUGUCAAAUGUCCCUUGGAGAAGAGCAGAUGUAAAGUAUACAAAUAAUGAGGCAUACUUUGAUAUUAUAGAAGAGGUUGAUGCUAUAAUUGAUAAAACAGGUUCAACUGUGUUUGCUGAAAUAGCAGUCAUAAACCUAAUAAAUUUAAAACAACAUAGUGGAACUCCCGAUUUAACUCUGAGUUUCAUAAACCCUCGCCUUAUGGAUGAUGUCAGUUUCCAUCCAUGCGUGCGUCUAAAACGAUGGGAAAACGAGCGAAUUUUGUCUUUCGUUCCACCUGAUGGGAGUUUCUGUUUAAUGACCUACCAUGUCGGCUGCCAAAGUGCAGUUGCCAUUCCCAUUUACAUAAGGCAUAAUUUUUUCCUACCAAAAGAAAAUAGCCAAUCGCAAACAGGGAAAAUCGAAAUCACUGUUGGUCCACGUCAGACUAUGGGGCGAGUGGUGGAAAACCUACAAUUGAGCAUUCCAAUGCCCAAAUUUAUUCUGAACUGCACUGUAACAGUUAAUCAAGGUCGUGCAACUUUUGAUCCCGUUACGAAAAUUUUGUUAUGGGAUGUAGGUAAGAUUGACCCUUCAAAAUUGCCAAACAUGAGAGGGCAAAUUCACAUUCAAAGCGGUGCAGUGAUAUUGCAGUCUACGCCCUCGGUCAAUGUCCAAUUUACGUUAACUCAAAUAGCCAUUUCUGGUCUAAAAGUUCAUCGUUUGGACAUGUUCGGAGAAAACUAUAAACCGUUUAAAGGAGUAAAAUAUCUCACCAAAGCAGGCAAUUUUCAGAUUCGAAUGUAAUAUAAUAAUCACAAGAAAAUGUCUAGCCAUGGUACAUUAUAACCAUAUUGAUUGUAUUGCUUACACAGGAAUAAAUGUUACUUAUAUUCAAUUGAA